GCCAGGGUGAUUCCUCCGGUCACCAAAGGGCUGCUUCCUGCUGUAGCCUACCGUGAGCUCUGGGGCAAACUAUUUAAUAACCUCUGGAUAAAUGAUCAACUACGGGAAUGAUAUCUCCACCGAUAAAGGGUUGAUGUUUCCUCACCGGGCACCCCCAGGGUCGCUUUCAAGCCUGACUGCCGACAGCUCACCACCCCUGUCAGCCUCGUGAGUGAGCCAAUCGAUCGCCUCUAGCUCAACAACACCGCGCACAAGGUACCGCUGCGUCUGCCAGCGGUCCAGUUGAGCAGCCGCUGCGUCGCCCCCCCCCAGCCCAGCUGCCUGGGCGGGACUGCAUCACCAUGGACACAGAAUCCACGUACUCGGGCUAUUCCUACUACUCCGGACGCUCCCGGGGAUCCCACAGGCAUGGGGAGCGAAGCCGGGACCGCCACAAGUCCCGCAGUAAAGACAGCCGCUCAGAAAAGUCUGUAACAAUUAACACGCCGCCCGCAGAGCCGCUGCUGGGGGACUCGGCUGUUCGGGGUGAGCAGGUCCAGGAUGACAACUGGGGCGAGACCACCACGGCCGUCACUGGCACAUCAGAGCACAGCCUCUCUCAAGAGGACAUCGUCCGCAUCACCAAGGACCUGGAGGACAGCGUGGGGCUGGACUGCCGCCGUUACUUCACGCUGACCCUGGCCGUGAUCCUGGGUCUGCUGGUGUUCCUGACGCCGCUGGCCUUCCUGGUGCUUCCUCACCUCCUCUGGCCGGAGCGGCUGCAGAGCUGCGGCACGGCCUGCGAGGGCCUCUUCAUCUCCGUGGCCUUCAAGCUGCUCAUACUGCUGCUGGCCGUGUGGGCGCUCUUCUUCAGGCCGCCGCGGGCCGGCCUCCCGCGGGUCUUUGUAUUCCGGGCGCUACUCGCCGUGCUGGUGCUGCUCUUUGUGGUCUCCUAUUGGCUGUUUUACGGAGUCAGGAUACUUGACUCACAGGAUGAGAACUACCAGGGCAUCGUGCAGUACGCCGUGUCGCUGGUGGACGCUCUGCUCUUCAUCCACUACCUGGCCAUCGUCCUGCUGGAGCUCCGGCAGCUUCAGCCGUGCUUCUCUGUGUGCGUCACACGCUCCACGGAUGGCGAGAUCAGGCAUUACAACCUGGGACAGCUCAGCAUCCAGCGGGCAGCUCUGGCCAUCUUAGAGCACUACUACUGUGACUUUCCAGUCCAUAACCCCGCGCUGCUCUCCGCCUCCAAGUCUCGCGCAGCCAAGCACCUGGCCGGCCUCAAGGUCUACAACGUGGAUGGUGAGUUCCCAGCAGCCCCUGCUGAGGGUCCAGGUAACAAUGCAGCAGCAGGACUGGCCCACUCCCAGUCCAGAGCCAUGAUCGCAGCCGCCGCCCGCCGCAGAGACACCAGCCACAACGACCUGUACUACGAGGAGGCGGAGCACGAGAGGCGUGUUCGCAAGCGCAAAGCACGACUGGUGGUGGCAGUAGAGGAGGCGUUCACACAUAUCAAGCGCAUGCAGGAGGAAGAGCAGAAGAAAGCUCCAGGUGACGUGAUGGACCCGCGAGAGGCAGCACAAGCCAUCUUCCCCUCCAUGGCUCGCGCCCUGCAGAAGUACCUGAGGACCACCAAGCAGCAGCACUGCCACAGCAUGGAGAGCAUCCAGCAGCACCUGGCCUUCUGCAUCACCAACAACAUGACGCCAAAGGCGUUCCUGGAGAGCUACCUGAACCCGGGCCCCACCCUGCAGUACAGCCGGGACCACUGGCUGUCCCGUCAGUGGACGCUGAUCAGCGAGGCGUCCGUCACCAGCGGCCUGAAAGACGGCACCAUCUUCCUGCUCAAGUGUGUGGACUUCAGCCUGGUGGUGACGACGAAGAAGAUCCCGUACAUCCAGAUGUCGGAGGAAUACAUCGACCCCAAGUCACACAAGUUCGUCCUGCGACUACAGUCUGAAACCUCCGUGUAGUACUCCGAACUUUCUUCUGUUUUUUUUUUUUUUUUGUUAGUUUGUUUGUUUUUUUUUUAAUUCC